ACCGACAGACUGUCCAUAUGUCUCUUCGCUCUAGUGCAUCGGCGACCACCAAAGGCCAACGCAACUAUAGGAGUAUGCUGCGGCGUGUGUGGCAGUUCCUCCUCGACCGCUUUCUCGUGUCCUUUAAUGGCCUGAUUACCGUGUGGCGUCUUGCCCUGCAUUGGGUGAACAGUUACAUUCUAUAUUACGACUACGGAGGAAAACCUGCCAAUGAUUUUCAUCAUAAGGCGGUUUUAAUAGGAGACGGAUUGGCGCAAGGUUUUGGGUCGUGGGUUUCAUUAGGGAACACGUCGGGUCCUAUGCGUUACCUGAACGAAGAAGUGAGGCGGAAUGCGGCAGUAAAAAUGGAGUGGGUGUUUUUUGAACGCGGAGCUUUACAUAGCACCACUCAAGAUUGGAUGCCUCAUGAAAGCGAAAACAAAGGCGUGGGGACGUCCGAAGCGGCGAGGCCGGAGCCACAGGGUGAAAUUCGCGGAGACCACCCAGAAAGCGAAGACUCCUCCCUCCUCCAGCCCCUCCCUGCGAUCAAGCCCCCGCGGUCGCUGUUGGAUGCCGUGCUCUCAAGCCGAAGUGGGCGCGAUGCCUGCGUGUACAUCGUCAUGGUGGGUUUGCAAGACCUUCUCCGCACGAAGGAUGCCGGCGCCCUCUCGGCCCUGGCGGCUGGGGGAGACGGAGCGACACAGACCGGGCGCAUGCUCCCUUCCACUGCCCUUGGCACCAACAGCGAAACAUACGGGAUGGACAGGGAGCCUUCGAGCGCGAGGCCUUGGUGUCGAACAGUCAGCCACCUCCGC